AUGGAGGAAAGCGGGGCCACCGUCGAGGCCACCGAAGUCGACAACGAGACCCUGAAUCAGAUUUUCCAGUUAAACGCCCACUUCCUGGCGACGGCCGCGAAGGGGAUGGUAGCCGACGUGAAGACGGAGCAGGAAUGCCACGACUUCAACUACCAACUCAUCCAAGAGGUCAAGAAGCGCCCCUGCCUCUACGACAUGAACGAUGAUACUUAUAAUAACAACACGAUGCGGGCGGCAAUGUGGGCUGAAAUUGGGCAGCGCUUCAGCACAUCCCCCGACUUCGUGAAGACGCGCUGGAAGACGAUGCGCGAUCGAUACAAGAAGGAGGAGAAACGGUGGAAGGCGGGCAAGCUGACGGCCUGGACCUUUUUCCAGCACCUCCACUUCAUCUCGCCCUAUCUGCGCGCUCGAUACCCUCACGAUCCGGAAGAGCGAAGCGUUGAUUGUCAACAGUCGGACGAAGAGGGAUCGCCGCAGCCCACAUUAUUAGACAUCAUCGCCAGCACGACGGCGAUGGCCGAGGAGGCGACGGUGAAGGCGGACGGCCCGGCGCGGAAGCGCGUCAAGUACGAGGAGAAGGAAGAACGCCCCGAUACCUCGGUCCCAUCCCCCUUAUCCAUCAACACCGCUUCAUCCCCAUCGGCAACCACCGCCGGCCAGUCCACCCCGGUGUCGAUGGGCUCUUCCGCCGGCACGAUGCAACCGUACGUCAAAACGGAGCACAACUCCUCCUGCUCCUCCUCCGCCCUGGCCCCGCCCACGUGGAAUCGACUGCAGGACGAGGGGGCUGAAAUGUUCGGGCACAUGGUGGCGAUGAAGCUGGCGACGAUGCCGCCAAAGUUGCGCGAGAAGACGAAGAUCCGCCUCCUCACCGUCAUGUUCGAGAUGGAAUUCGGGACCGACGGUACGGGGGACGCC